GGGAGGUUGCGCAGGCGCAGUGGCCCUUGUCCCAGAGCCGGGCCCUAUUUGGCGACCGCGCCUUCCUGUCGUUGCCGUCGGUCGCUUCUCGAGGAGCGGAGCCGCGUUGACUGACCAGAGUCCGCGAGCCCCGCUUCCCUCAGGCCCCGGAGACUUUUAAGAUCACUCUGCCAGAAUGUCCCUACAUCAGUUCUUACUUGAGCCAAUCACCUGCCAUGCCUGGAACCGAGAUCGAACACAGAUUGCCAUUAGCCCGAAUAACCACGAAGUUCACAUUUAUAAGAAGAAUGGGAACCAGUGGGUGAAAGCCCAUGAACUGAAGGAACACAACGGGCACAUCACUGGCAUCGACUGGGCCCCCAAAAGCGACCGCAUUGUGACUUGCGGGGCCGACCGUAACGCUUACGUCUGGAGCCAGAAGGAUGGUGUUUGGAAGCCGACUUUGGUCAUCCUCCGCAUCAACCGAGCGGCCACCUUUGUGAAAUGGUCCCCUCUGGAGAACAAAUUUGCGGUCGGAAGUGGCGCUCGGCUCAUCUCCGUCUGCUAUUUCGAAUCCGAAAACGACUGGUGGGUGAGCAAACACAUCAAGAAGCCCAUUCGUUCCACCGUCCUUAGUCUAGAUUGGCACCCGAACAACGUCUUGCUGGCAGCCGGAUCCUGUGAUUUUAAAUGCAGGGUGUUUUCAGCCUACAUUAAGGAGGUGGACGAGAAGCCUGCCAGCACGCCUUGGGGCUCCAAAAUGCCCUUUGGGCAGCUGAUGGCCGAAUUCGGAGGCACCGGCAGCGGCGGUUGGGUGCACAGUGUCAGUUUCUCUGCCAGCGGGAACCGUCUCGCCUGGGUCAGCCACGACAGCACCGUAUCCGUUGCAGACGCCUCGAAAAACAUGAUGCUCUCUCAACUCAAAACCGAGUUUCUGCCCUUGCUGAGCGUCUCCUUCGUGUCGGAGGACAGCGUGGUGGCUGCUGGCCACGAUUGCUGCCCGAUGCUUUUCAACUGUGACGACCGCGGAGCCCUCAACUUUGUCUCGAAGCUGGACAUUCCUAAGCAGAGCAUUCAGCGCAACGUUUCGGCCAUGGAGCGUUUCCGCAACAUGGACAAGAGAGCCACUACGGAAGACCGCCACGCUACACUGGAGACGCUGCAUCAGAACAGCAUUACUCAAGUGUCUAUUUAUGAAGUGGACAAGCAAGAUUGUCGCAAGUUUUGCACCACUGGUAUUGACGGAGCAAUGACCAUCUGGGACUUUAAGACAUUAGAGUCCUCCAUUCAGGGCCUACGGAUAAUGUAGAAUGGAUUCUUGGUUCUCUAGCAAGACAGCCUGCUCUGAAGCCUGCACAGACUUGAAAAGACAGGGUGAAGAUGGAUCACUACUACUUUUUUUUUUUUUUAAAGCACUGAAGAAUGACGACUUGGUGAAAUAUCCCCCCCCCCCCCCAA